AUGACUGACCAAAUUGCUCGUUCACAGCAAUAUGAAUAUAGACAAAAUUCUAACCUUGUAUUGUCAGUUGAUUACAAUCUUACUGAUAGAAGAGCAAGGGAUGAACCUACAGGAGAAGUUAUGCCGCUUACCAAAGAUCUUUUGCGUGGAUCAAAAAUGGGUGAUAAAUAUAAAAGAACUGCUGUGCCAGCUGAGAAAAAGGCUUCUAAAGGAAAAUCCCGCGAUCGUGAAGACAUUCGAGAACAAAAAACAGCAGUAGACGAAGUAGGAAUUGCUGGAAUUUACAAACCUAGAACUCAAGAAACUCGCAAUACUUUUGAAGUCUUUUUGUCAUUAAUCCAAGAAAUCAUUGGUGAUCAACCUCGAGAAAUAUUGCAUGGGGCUUCACAUGAAAUUCUUUUAAUAUUAAAAUCUGAUUCAAUUCGGGAAAAAGAAAAGAAAAAGGAAGCGGAAGAUUUAUUUUCAACAAAAUUGACAGAAGAACGUUUUGCUUUAUUAACUAAUUUGGCUAAAAAGAUUACUGAUUUUAAUCCUGAUGAUGAAGAUGAAAAGAGGGAUAUUAUGGAUGAUAUUGACGAAACAGCAGGUGUUCCAGUACAUUUUGAUUCAGAUGAAGAAGAUGAUCGAAUGGUAACAGAACUAAAAGAAGAUAAAAGUGAGGAUGAAGAUGUUGGUGUUGAAGCUAUUUAUGAGGGAACAUUGCGUACUGCUGAGGGUUCUGGUGGUGGAAAAGCUAAUGGAAUUGGAGAGAAAAAACAAUUAAAUCCGCGAGAUAUAGAUGCUCAUUGGGUUAAACGUUAUUUAUCAAAACAUUUUGAUCCUAAUGAAAGUCAACAAAAAACACAAGAAGUUUUGAAUAUUUUGAAGAAUUCCGUUGAUGACCGUGCAUGUGAAAAUUCUUUGGUUUUAUUACUUGGCUUUACCCAUUUUGAUUUUAUUAAACAACUUUGUCAAAAUCGUCAUAUGAUUUAUUAUUGUACAAGAUUAAAGCAAACACAAGGAGAGGAAAGAGAAGCUAUAGAAAAUGAAAUGGCUAGUAAACCUGAACUGAAAAAUAUUUUGGAUGAGUUGAUAAAAGUUAGAGAAGAUGAUAUUGUUGCGACUGAACGUGGCAAAAGAGAUAAAGCAGCCCAACAACGCCGUAUGAAUGAAGCAGCACAAGAAGCAGUCGCAGCAGCAAGUUGGACACAACAAAGAAAAGUUUAUGAUUUGGAAGAUAUGGCAUUUGCACAAGGAUCACAUACUAUGAGUAACAAAAAAUGUGUUUUGCCAGAUGGAUCACAAAGAACACAAAAGAAGAGUUAUGAAAGUAUUUAUGUUCCUCCAUUGAAGCCUAAACCUUUUGGAGAAAAUGAGAAAUUAAUGGACGUUGAAGAUUUACCAAAAUGGGCACGUCCAGCAUUUAAAGGAUAUCGAACAUUAAAUAGAAUUCAAUCAGCAAUAUACAAAAAAGGUUUACAUACAGACAACAAUUUGUUAGUUUGUGCCCCAACUGGCGCUGGAAAAACAAAUGUUGCUUUACUUUGUAUUUUACGUGAAAUGUCAAAACAUAUGAAUGAAGAUACAACAAUUAGAAAAGAUGAAUUUAAAUGUAUUUAUGUUGCCCCAAUGAGGUCAUUAGUACAAGAAAUGGUUGGAAGUUUUAAACAAAGAUUGGAAGAAGCUUAUGGAAUUACUGUCGGUGAAAUGACUGGUGAUGUUCAAAUGAGUAAAGAACAAUUCAUGUUAACUCAAUUAAUUGUUUGUACACCAGAAAAAUAUGAUAUUAUAACACGUAAAGGUGGAGAACGUUCAUAUACACAAUUGGUUACUUUAAUAAUUUUUGAUGAAAUUCAUUUACUUCAUGAUGAAAGAGGUCCAGUUUUAGAAGCUUUAGUAGCAAGAACAAUAAGACAAAUUGAACAAACACGUGAUGCUUGUCGUUUAGUUGGAUUAUCAGCUACAUUGCCCAAUUAUAAAGAUGUUGCACGUUUUAUACGUGUUGAACCAGAUGAUCUUUUCUUUUUCGACAAUUCAUAUAGACCUGUACCGCUUGAACAAGAAUAUAUUGGAGCAACAGAAAAGAAGGCAUUAAAACGUUAUCAAGCAAUGAAUGAAAUUAUUUAUGAUAAAGUACUAGAAAGUGCUGGACGUAGUCAGAUUCUCGUUUUUGUUCAUUCACGUAAAGAAACGGCAAAAACAGCAAAAGCUAUUCGUGAUGCUUGCAUAGAAAGAGAUUCAAUAAGUAAAUUUCUUCGUGAAGGAAGUGCUUCUACAGAAGUUUUGCGCACUGAAGCUGAACAGGCUAAAAAUAUGGAUUUGAAAGAUUUACUCCCUUAUGGUUUUGCUAUUCACCAUGCUGGAAUGAAUAGAUUGGAUAGAUCUUUGGUAGAAGACCUUUUUGCUGAUAAACAUAUUCAGGUUCUUGUUUCAACAGCAACUUUAGCCUGGGGUGUAAAUUUACCAGCACAAACAGUCAUCAUAAAAGGAACACAAGUUUAUAACCCACAAAAAGGUUGUUGGACAGAAAUUGGUCCAUUAGAUAUAAUGCAAAUGAUGGGAAGAGCUGGUCGUCCUCAACACAAUGCUUUGGGAAAAGGAAUUUUGAUAACACAUAAUACUGAACUUCAAUAUUAUUUGUCACUUAUGAAUCAGCAGCUUCCAAUUGAAAGUCAAAUGAUUGCAAAAUUGCCAGAUACAUUAAAUGCUGAAGUUGUUCUUGGAACAGUUACAAAUGUUACGGAGGCAAUGGAAUGGUUAACUUAUACAUAUUUAUAUGUUAGAUUGUGUAAAGCACCAGCACUUUAUGGGAUUCAAGUUGAUGAAAAUGAUAAACUUUUGGAAAAACCUCGUGCUGAUUUGGUCCACACUGCUUGUUUAUUACUUGAUAAAGGAAAUUUGAUUCGUUAUGAUAGAAAAACUGGUUUAAUACAGGCGCAAGAAUUGGGGCGUAUAGCUUCACAUUAUUAUUGCACAUAUGAAAGUAUGGAUACUUACAAUAAAUUGUUGAAAGAUACAUGUACUGAAAUUGAUUUAUUCCGAAUAUUUUCACUUUCUUCUGAAUUUAAACAAAUUCAUGUACGUGAAGAAGAAAAAUUGGAAUUACAAAAAUUGGCUGAAACAGUCCCAAUUCCAAUAAAAGAAUCGCUUGAUGAGCCUAGUGCUAAAGUUAAUGUGCUUUUACAGGCUUACAUUUCUCAACUUAAAUUGGAAGGAUUUGCUCUUCAAAGCGAUAUGGUAUUUAUCUCGCAAUCUGCUGGUCGUUUGUUUAGAGCACUUUUCGAAAUUGUUUUAUGGAGAGGAUGGGCACAACUUGCUUUGAAAAUUUUGGGAUUAUGUAAAAUGGUUAAUGCAAGACAAUGGCAAUCACUUAAUCCUUUACAUCAAUUCAAAAAAUUACCAACAGAAGUUGUUCGAACUUUAGAUAAAAAGAAUUUGCCAUUUGAUCGCCUUUAUGAUUUGGAUGUUCAUCAAUUGGGAGAAUUACUUCGUGUACCAAAAAUGGGAAAACCUUUAUAUAAAUUUAUUAGACAGAUUCCCAAAUUGGAUAUGACAACAUUAAUAUUGCCAAUAACGCGUUCUACACUUCGUGUUGAAUUAACAAUAACACCAGAUUUUCAAUGGGAUGAAAAAAUUCAUGGAAGUUCUGAAGGUUUUUGGAUAUUUGUUGAAGAUGUUAAUGGAGAAAUUAUAUUGCAUCAUGAAUAUUUUCUUCUUAAACAAAAAUAUUGCACAGAAGAGCAUAUUGUCAAAAUGUUUGUUCCAGUUUUUGAUCCUCUCCCUCCCCUCUAUUUUAUUCGAAUUGUUUCUGAUCGUUGGUUAGGAAGUGAAACUGUUUUGCCUGUCUCUUUUCGUCAUUUAAUUUUGCCAGAAAAGUAUCCACCACCAACAGAAUUGUUAGAUUUGCAACCUUUACCAAUUUCUGCAUUAAAUAAUCCACAAUUUGAACAAAUAUUUGAAAAGCGAGGAAUUCAUUAUUUUAAUCCAAUUCAAACACAAGUUUUUCGUACAUGUUAUGAAACAAACGAAAAUGUUUUUAUUGGAGCACCAAAUGGUAGUGGAAAAAGUGUUUGUGCUGAAUUUGCAUUACUUCGUCAUUUUGAAAAUAAUCCAAAUGGAAAAGCUGUUUAUUGCACAAGUUUGGAUGAUUUGGCUAAAAAUAUUUAUUUUGACUGGCUUGAACGAAUUGCUGUUCCAUUAAAGAAAACUGUUGUUUUACUUACUGGUGAAAAUUCUAUUGAUAUCAAACUACUCAAAAGAGCUGAUGUUGUUAUUUCUACAGCUGAACGUUGGGAUAAUAUUUCUCGUCGCUGGAAAAAUCGUUCUGAUGUACAAAAAGUUAAAUUAUUUAUUGUUGAUAAUUUACAUAUGAUUGGAGGAUCUAAUGGGCCGGUACUUGAAGUUGUAUGUUCAAGAAUGAGAUAUAUGGGAAAUCAAUUAGAUUCUAAACUUCGUAUUGUUGCUAUGGCCACUUCUUUAAUGAAUGCUCGUGAUAUUACACAUUGGCUUGGGUGUGAACAGAAUUACAAUUUCCCUCCAAAUGCGAGACCUGUUGCUUUGGAUUUGCGUAUUGACGGUUUUAAUCUUUCGCACACCCCAACACGUUUGUCUGCAAUGGUACGUCCUGUAUAUUCAGCAAUUUUACGUCAUGGUGGAAAAUUGGAACCUAAACCAGUUUUAAUCUUCGUUCCAAAUCGUCGUUUAACACGUUCAUUGGCAGUAGAUUUAUUAACAUAUGCUUUGGCUGAUAGACAAGAAAAUCGAUUUUUGCAUAUGAAUCCAGAAGAAGAUGUUUUUGCAAAUUUGGUUGAACGUUUAAAUGAUGAAUCUUUAAAAGAAACAAUAAAAAGAGGUGUUGGAUUUUUACAUGAAGGAACAACUAAUUUUGAUUCUGAAAGUGUACAAAAUUUGUUUAAUAGUGGAGCAAUACAGAUUUGUAUAGUUCCAUAUACAAUGUGUUAUCAAAUUCAAAUGCGUGCAUUUUUAGUAAUUUUAAUGGACACCCAAUUUUAUAAUGGAAAACAUAAUGCUUAUGAAGAUUAUCCAAUUGGUGAUGUUUUACAUAUGGUUGGGUUAGCUAAUUUACAGAGAAGGAAUGAUGAAGGUGCUUGUCAAUGUGUUUUAAUGUGUCAAUCAUCAAAAAAAGAUUUUUAUAAAAAAUUUUUAUUUGAACCUUUACCUGUUGAAUCUCAUUUAGAUCAUUGUUUACAUGAUCAUUUUAAUGCUGAAAUUGUUACAAAAACUAUUGAAAAUAAACAAGAUGCGAUAGAUUAUUUAACUUGGACUUUAUUAUAUCGUCGAAUGACACAAAAUCCAAAUUAUUACAAUUUACAUGGAACAAGUCAUCGACAUUUAUCAGAUAGUUUAUCAGAUUUGGUUGAAUCAACAUUAAAAGAUUUGGAAAAUAGUAAUUGUAUUACUGUGAAAGAUGAAAUGCAUACAAAUCCUUUAAAUUUGGGAAUGAUUGCUGCAUAUUAUUAUGUUAGCUACACAACUAUUGAAUUGCUCUCCCUUUCAUUAAAACCAAAGACCAAAUUGCGUGCAAUAAUUGAAAUUAUUUCAAAUGCAACAGAAUUUUCAUCAUUACCAGUUCGUCACAAGGAGGAAGUUACACUUAAAAAAUUGGCUGAUCGACUUCAAGGACAAGUUAAAAAUCAAAAAUGGAAUAGUCCACAUGUUAAAGUCAAUCUUUUACUUCAUGCCCAUUUAUCUCGUAUUCAUUUAACUGCUGAAUUAAGCAAGGAUACUGAUUGGGUUGUAUUAAAAUCUGUAAAAUUGGUACAAGCGUGUGUUGAUGUUUUGUCAAGUAAUGGAUGGUUAUCUCCAGCAAUUCAUGCAAUGGAAUUGUCUCAAAUGUUAUCUCAAGCAAUGUAUUCAAAUGAAUCUUAUAUGAAACAAUUACCUCAUUGUUCUCCUGAAUUGUUGGAAAGAUGUAAAGAAAAGGUUUUUAUUUUUUAA